AGGGCGCGAUAUAAUGAACUGUCAGCAGGCAAUAUGCCUGACAGUUUGACACAUCUUUGUAUUUUGUAAAUUGUAACGAUACCAAAGUUUCCGGCUUUUGAAUGUGACCAAAGUUUAAUGUAUUUGUAAGUGAAAGCAUGUUAGCGUUAAGCGUAGUGUUAUUGUGGUGGUGCGGUGUGUGGAGUGCGUGCGGUGUGUGUAACGCUGCGCCAGCCGAGCUGGGCGAACUUGCGCCGUUUGCGGCGGCGCGCGCCUACGACGUGGAAGGCACAGUGCUGCUGAAUGAGGCGGCUGCCACCGACCGCGAGGUGGGCUACAAGCUGCGCGCCGUGCUGCACGUCGCGCCCAUCGGCAGCGCGCCGCCGCACCAACAUUUUCUGCGGUUUCACCUCAUUAAGCCUAAAUUGUACCUGAGAGGGAAGCAUAGAAAUGCUGAGUUCCUGCCACAUAACUCGGUGCUAGAUUCAUACAGUGAGUCUACAUUCUACGCUCACUGGAAGAGUGGUGUCAUACAAACUGCAUAUUUGGAUCCUGAUGACUUGUUGGAUCUGUUAAAUUUUAAGAAGUCACUUCUCAGCGUAUUUCAGUUUCAGAUUAUAGAUGGGGAAUACAAUGAAACUGACAUAUCAGGCGAGUGCAAAGUGCUAUACGAAAGUGUGUCCGAAAAGGUGUUCAGGAAAAUAAAGAGCCAGUGCGGCGCGGAGGCGGCGGCGCCCGGCGCGCGCUACCGGCGCGUGUCGCGCUACACGCUCAGCGGCGCGCUGGACGCGCUGCACGCGCUGCACGCCGAGGAGGUGGUGGAGCCGCGCGCCGACCGCCCCGGCCUCAAGGCGCGCUCGUGGCUGGAGCUGCGGCUGCAGCCGGCCGCGCCCGCCGCGCCCCCCGCCUACAGCUCGCUAGACGACGCGCUGCAAGCGCUUCCGCCCGGCCUGAAGCCGCUGCCGCUAACUAUGACGCCGACGCAAGCGGCCGACUGGGACGACUACGACUCGCUGGAGACGGCGCUGCGCGAGAACCUCGCGGCGCUGCGGGGCGCGGAGGCGGGCGCGGGGGGCGGCGCCGACUCGGCGCGCGCCGCGCUGCGCCUCGUGACGGCACUGCGCGCCGCGCCUGCGCACAGCCUGCGCCGUCUGCUGCUCCACGACGACCACCAUCCGCUGCUGGCGGGGCUGUGCCGCGCGCUCGGGCUGGCGGGCACGCGCGCCGCGCUCGCCGCCGCCGCCGACGUGCUGCAGCUGCGCGCCGCCGACCCGCUGCAGGCGCUCGCGCGCGCCUUCCUCGAGGCCUUCGCGCUCUCCGACCGCCCGCAGGAGGAAGCGGUGUUGGAGGUGUUGAAGCUUGGUGAGGAGGGUCGGUCGCCGGCCGUCGCCGAGAGCGCGCUGCUCGCCGGCGCCGCCGCCGCGCGCGCCUGCGGUGCGGCCGUGUCCGACGCCGCGCGGGACUCGCUCGCCAAGAGCCUGGCGCGCUGCAAGAACGAUGAAAGUCGAAAGGUGCGGUUAAUCGCUCUGGGUAAUUUGCGGCGCGCCGACACUGCCGAACUGUUGCUGCAGCACGCGACGCGCGCGGACGCGACCGCCCCAGUGCGACUCGCGGCGCUCGACGCGCUGGCCGCCGCGCCGCGCCGCUCGCUCGAGCGGCUCGAGCGGCUCGGCGACCUCGCGCUCGACGACCGCGCGCCGCUCGAGGUGCGCGCCGCCGCGCUCGACCUGCACGUCACGCGCCUCGCGCCCGCGCCCUUGCCGCUCGUGCGAGUGGCGCGAGCGCUGCACCGCGCCGGCCCGCACGAGCUGCGACGCUUGUUCUGGCAACGGCUGUACGCACUCGCCGAUGAAUACGCCUCCGUGCGCGAUAUCAUCCCGAGGUUGGACCGUGAAUUGCUCGGUUGGAACGGACAGGCGCACGCGGGAACAUCGUCGGUGUUGGUGCGCGAGCCGGGAUGGACGAUGGGCGGGUGGCGUGCGGCACUGGAGUCGGUGCAAGUGGCGCGCGCGAGCUACUGCGGCGCGGCGCCGUGGUGCUGCGCGCGCAGGCGCGCGCGCGCGAGUGCGGCACAGGGUGCGUCGGGCGCGGACGCCGCGUACGCCGCGCUCGAGGCGCUCGCCGGGCGCGACGCGCUCGCCGCGCUCGACCUGUUGUCGGUAGAGGUGUGGACGCGCGGACUGGAAGCCAUCGCGGGUGGCGGCGAUAAUGACGCCGAACCGGAGGAUACAGCGGGAGGUCUCGCGUUGGCGGUCGCCGGUACGCGUAUGCGUGACAUCUCACUGUUUAAUGGGCAGGCUGAGUUAGUAGGGCACGUGUGGGCCGGCACGGCAAGUUCUCCGACGCCCGCGUUGCGUGCUUUGGUUCCGGCGCGUGCAGUGGAGGGCCAAGCGCCUCUCAUGCUGGGCGCGGUGCUGCAAUACCGGUGGCGCGGCGCGCUGGCGUUGGCGCUGGACGCGCACGCGCAGGUGUCACUGUGGUGGCGCACGGCGCGCUGUGAGCUCGAGCUGCGAGCUGCCGCCGCUGCACUCGAGGAGGCCGCGCUGCACACCGCCUGGGGCCGCGUGCACGCGCACGCGUUGCAGGAGACCGAGCCCACGCUGCGCAUCGCCGCCGAUCUCGACUUCUACGACAAGAUCGCGCUGUGCGUGCGCGCCUCCACAGAAGAGCACGAAUUGAGGAGCAACGUGACGCUGUGGAGCUCUGCGGGCGCGCGGCGGGCGCGCGUGCGGCGCGAGCGCGGCUGGGCGGUGCGCGCGCCGGGCCGCACGCUGUCGCUCGGCGCGCUGUCGGACCGCGCGUGCGGCGCGCUGCGCACGGCCGACGCGCCCGCCGACACCGACACCGACGCGACCUGAGGCCACCACGAAACUUCACAUUCAUUCGCAACUUUACGUCUAUGAUCUGAUUGCUGUAAAUUAUAUUAUUAUGCUAUUUUUGUUACAUCAUUUUAUAAUAAAUAAAACGUAAUAUACCCACUUUA